AGUAUUUUCCCUACACGAUGACAGUAGUGCGAGAUGGAACGAGACAAGUGUACGGGAUUACAGGCUCCCUCUUCGGAAACAUUACGGCAUCGCUGAACAUCAGCUACGAACUUCUGGACACCGUGGAUGCCUACUGGGGAAACUUAAUGGAUGACGGCAACUUUACUGGUGCCCUUGGGAUGCUGCAACGCAACGAGGCCGACGUCGCUGUGGGGCCAUUCUCACUCAAGGUGGACUACCUGCGCUAUUUGUACGCCGCCGAAGCGCACGUCUAUGUUGAUGUGCCUAUCUUAUCGGGACUGAGCAGACCUUAUCUGCCAGGCGCAUUUUCAUCUACUGACUCCUUUGAGCCUAAAACGAUGACGUUGCUGUUCGCGUGUAUGCUGGUAUUGGUGAUCCUGUCACCCUGGGCGCUGCGCACUACACGUAUGAAAUGGACGACAAAAAUGUACAAGCUCUUCUGGGUGUACGCUGAGUCACUGUUCUUGAAAUCGACAAGCACCCGGCACCUAAACUCCACUGCCUCUCGAAUCCUGUUCGCAUCCUGGAUGAUUGGCACAUUCAUCAUCGGCCAGUACCUCACUGGUCAGGUGAAGGCGGCGUUGCUAAUCCGUUCUCCAGCUCCCCGCAUCGACACUCUUGAGCAGAUGUUGGAAAGGCGACCACCGAUACGGCCGGUGACACUCACAGCAACUCCACUCAUGAACAUGCUGAAGCUUUCAGGCUUGGAAUCCUACCGUGCGCUGCACGACCGCAUCAUGCGAAUGCGCACUGAGGUACCUAUCACCGACAUCUACUCUCAGCGCACACUGAGUCAGGUUGUGGCUGGCGACGCGAUCAUUAUCAUGGAUGCCACGGGCAACCGGGUGUACGUGGCGCCUCACUGCGAAGCGCUGCAGCCAGCCUACUUCCACAUGUCAUCGCAACGUCUCGAAACGGCAGACUUCCGCUGGUACAUGAACAAGCGCCUGGAUCCCAAGCUGAUAGCCGCUAUGGACCGCAGGAUCCGCUGGCUUCUGGAAGGUGCGGUGCCAUUCAUGCAUCACCACGAGAUAUUUCGCAAGCCGGCCACCUGCUUCCUCGACCAACUAGCAGGCAGUGGUAGCGAAGCAGCUGCCGGGCGUUACGAGGUGUUGAACCUGGUGGACGUGCAAGCGGCCUUUCUGAUUCUCCUAUGCUCCCUUGCAUUUAGCGUGGCCGUAUUCGUCGUGGAACUGUUGCUUCAUUUUUGGAAGCCUUCUUAGUAAAUAAAAAGGCUUGCCGUCAAGCGUGGAA